AUGUUUUUUCAAGUAUGUUCAUUAUUUGGUCGAAUUCGUAUUCAUGGAUAUAAUCUUCGUCCAUUAAUAUAUUAUUCAGUUUAUAAUUAUCGUACAAAUAGUCCACUUUCAAUUGAAUUUAUUUCACAAAUAAAAUAUCCAUCUCAACAAGAUAUAAAUUUGUUCAUUCCCGAUAUGCAAAUAUCGGAAAAUAUUAUCUUUAAAGUUAAUGAAAAAGGUGGCGAUGUGUUAUUAAUACGAAAAGAACCAAAGAAUGAUUCAUUAUUUAUAAAAAUUAUUCGUGAACAUCGAAUGUAUAGUAAUUGGUUUCUGGAAAAAUAUUUAUGUUUUCAAGGAGGUAGAUGGACACACUUAGAUCAUGAUCUUCAUAUUCGUUUAAUUGAAACAACAUAUGAAACAACUGUUAAUCCUAGUGAAGAAUUGAUUGCAAAAACUAAUCAUGUUAUUAGACGAUGGAUAAAUGAAACAACAGAAGAUCUUCCAUUUGUUGUUUUAAUUUGUGGUGAAAAAGAUUUAGGCAAAUCGACAUUUACUCGUUAUCUUAUUAAUCGUGCUCUUAAUCAUGUUAAUCCAGUUUAUAAUGUAUCCUAUUUCGAUUGUGAUAUUGGUCAAUGUGAAUUUACUAUAGGUGGAUGUGUAUCAUAUAGUAAUCUUAAUUCACCAUUAUUCGGUCCACCUUGUUCUCAUAUACAAUCAAAUACAAAACCGAAUCGUCUUCUUUACUAUGGUCUUGUUUCACCACAAACAUCACCUGUUUAUUAUUUACAAUGUAUUGAUAAAUUAAGACAAUUAUGGAAUAUUGAUCAUAAGAAAAAUCCUAAUCGAUCGAUGGUCGUCAUCAAUACAAUGGGCUGGGGAACUGGUAAACACAAAACAGAGUGGUAUGAGAUAUUACUCUGGCAAUGA